GCGGAAGAAGAUGACGCUCUCGCUCAUCCGGCGGUUCAACUCCGCGACGGGGCAUUAGGAGGUGCGCAGACGAUAAGUCCGCAAAUCAGUAGGGGAUUGCUUGAUUAUCACGAGCCGCAUGCCGGCGCUGAUUAUAAUUAUGUGGACCAGCGUUACGCGGACGCAGUGCUUGGCGGAGGAGGUACACAGCAUGAUGUGGAAAUGGACGCUCGCCCUCCUGCUCCAGGACGAGCGGGGCCUCUGAGCACUCCGCCGAGCACGGACGACUCGGAGCAGGACAUCACAGCACGAAAUGUAGUUGAUCCGUCGCAACGGGGUCGGGAGCGCGCCCGGAGUGGCAGUCAUGAUGUUGCUCAGGAACAUCACCACCCAGAUAAUUACUUGCAGCACGACACGGCGGUCCUUCCUGCUGGUGGUCAACUUAGACAAGCUGGGCCGCCCACCUCGUCCGCGGUACAGCAGCAAAACCUAGGCCGAUAUUAUUAUGCGAGUGCUCCUAGUGCCGCCCCGUCAUCGACGCCGAGGGCGGGUGUUGGAGGGGCUGCGAACCGG